CUUAAAAUUGUAUGUGACUGAUGAAUGAUUAUGGAGUUACCGAACAAUUUGAUACAAGAACAGGAUGUUUGGCAGCUUCUACCUAUCAUAUUGAGCAAAAAGACGUCUAGAAAGCAUGCUUUGUCAGAUAAAGAGUGCCAACAGAUUAAAGAGGUUGGGCAACUGUGGACUAAGUGCUGUGAUCCAUGUUGUGUUAUUUCACUUGCGGCUGUUGAUGUUUUGGUACAUCUGGUUGUGAAGAAUGUUUUGGAUUUUAGCUAUGUCAUGCAUGGUUUUGUGGCUCAAACUUUGUCAACAAGGCAUAUCCUUGGACCAAUUCAUGGUGUAACAAAGUUAUUAUGUUUUCAAGUGAAGUCCACUAUAGAAGUUGACUCAUACACUUUGAGCUCAAAUCUGCAUCCAUAUACUAAGAUAUUGGCUAACUGUCCUUGGUCAUGGCCAAUGCUUCUUCAAGAGGUUGAAAAUAUUUUCCAGACAACGAAUAAGAGGUUUAUUUCGUCAUUUGUUGCAAUAUUUGAAGCUUUCUUCCAACAUGUUUUUUUCAACCCUAAAACUGAUUACUCCGCUUGCAAAAGUUUACACGUAUUGUUGUUGGAAAUAUCGUCUGAUAUGAUGGAGGGAAAAGAUAUAGUUGUAUUCGAUAGGAUUUUGAAAUUGAUUACUAACCAUCUUCGAUUUUACAAGGUGAGGUAA